AUUUUUUAUAAACUCAUUCCAAAACUCUUGCUAAGUCUGUAAAUGAUGGACUACUAACAGAGUGGGGGAAAGGCGCAGCAAAUGGGUCUAUAAACAAAAACACAUUCCAAUUUAAAGAUCAAUGCACAACCACAUGUAGCACCAAUAUAACAGUGACACCUUAACACAAAUUAAGCUCACACUCCUGUUUUCUGUAAUAGAAAUGCGUUUUUUCGACUAUGCAAAACUCCAUUCAAUGUUUUAAUAAACAGUUCUUGUUUUACUUAUUAGUUAUGUUAUAUAAAUUCAAAGUGUAUGUUUAAACUACUUGAAGAAAUGAGAGGUUCUCUGUUAAAUUCGGCGCGUAUGUGAUGUCAAUUACAGUGGAAAGAACAAAUAAAAAGUUAUCAAUUUCUCCACAUAGCCUAAUUACAGCUUAAUUUUGCCAUCUUCUGUGCAAAAAUGCACAUUUGGUUUUCAGUGACAAGAGUCUUAUAUCAUGUUAUAACUAUUUAUCGUGCAUCUGUAACGUUAGGCAUGCCGUUAGUUUGUGGUCAGAGUUAAGUAACAUGACAUUACACAAGCCUGUGUGUUAAAGUUAGGUAAGAUCGCUGUUAAAGCUAAGGUCAGCUAACUGAGCUAGCCUCAGUGUGCACUGUGCAGCAGUGAGUUAGUAUCGGUGCUGCUGUAAGUUCAAUGGUCUCAUCCUCCAGGCUCUGUCUGGUUUGGCGUCAUUUUGUCAACAGCAGAAUGGGAGACAUGGCUUUUAAAGCGCAGUUGCCGACACCGGAGACAGCACUGCCCGGCCGGACUGACAGCAUCAAAGUCUCCGCCAAACACGAUGUGAACGGCAACAGGACAGUUCCACCUUUCCCAGAGGGGACAGAGAUGGCCAUAUUUGGUAUGGGCUGUUUCUGGGGAGCUGAGAGGAGGUUUUGGAGACAGAAAGGGGUUUAUUCCACCCAAGUGGGCUACGCGGGAGGAUACACACCUAACCCCACCUACAAGGAAGUCUGCACAGGUCGGACAGGCCACUCUGAGGUGGUGAGAGUUGUCUUCCAUCCAGAGCAGAUCAGCUUUGCCAACCUACUCAAAGUUUUCUGGGAAAGCCAUGACCCAACUCAAGGGAUGCGACAGGGGAAUGAUAUUGGGACACCAUACCGCUCUGCCAUCUACCCCUACACAAAGCAGCAUUUCGAGGAAGCCUUGGCUUCCAAAGAUCAAUACCAGAAGGUACUAACAGAGGAAGGUUUUGGUUCGAUUACAACAGAAAUAGCGGAAAACAAGCCAUUCUACUAUGCCGAGGAUUAUCACCAGCAGUACCUGAGUAAAAACCCUGAUGGAUACUGUGGUCUGGGAGGGACAGGAGUCUCCUGUCCAAUAGGAAUCAAGACGAAGACCUAGCUAGUCAAUGACCAAGAACCAUCUCCAAUCUGUUCACACGUGUGUUUUGAUGGUAAACCACACACCAGCAAGAGGAGGAGUGUGUUUAGUGCCAGGCCCUCCAAAGCUUGGCAUCGCCAUCACAGAGUCAGAAAAAAAGCAAGAGAGGGACGAGAUCAGUCCCUUUCGAAAUGGCUAAGCGCCAUCUUGGACCUAGACUACGUUGGAUCGCCUCCAUGAUGCAGGCUGCAGGACCACGGCUCAACUGGCUUUUCAAAGCCAAAUCUGACCACUAUUUUGGGAAAGAAGCUGAUGAUGGCUGAGAUUUUGUUCAAAUAUUCAUUUAAAUUUGUCCAAUUUGGUUUUACGUUAAAGAAAAUAAAGAUUGUUAACAUUUGCUCCUUUAA